GGUAACACUUCGAGAUGUCGAAUUUAGGGAGUAUGUGUGUGUGUGUGCAAUUAGGUGCGUUUGAUAUCUCGAAGUUGCCGGUUCCGAAUGGCCUCGUUGUUGGCUACGAUUUACAAUGUAACGUGGCGAUGGCGGCGGCAAAACUUGUGCAUUAACACACACAAAUUGGUUCAUCAGAUAUGAUUAGAGGCUUCGGCUCUUAUCGUAAUACCGCAAAGUUAUGUGCAAUUAAAUACACUUCCGCACGUAAAGAAAUACCUGGUAGACCAGAACUAGUAUAUACGGUGCAUAUAAACAUGGCAGUAAGUACAUCUGCUGAUAACAUGAAUGUUUUUAAGUUCACUGAUUACGAUUGCAUCGGUUUUGAUCUGGAUAACACCCUGCUACGUUACAAUGUCACGAAUCUGACGAAUAUGGAGUACGAGAUGUUGGCUAAAUUCUUGGUGAAUGAACGGGGAUACAGUAGCAAGCACCUGUUAAAACCACUGACCGAUGAUGAUCUAGAUUUCAUGCAGAAAGGACUGUUGCUGGAUUUUGAGAAAGGAAACUUAUUGAGGGUAAGCCCGGACGGUGUUAUCCGUAGAGCUUGUCACGGCUCGCAUUUGUUAAGCACAGAUCAAAUAAGAGAAUUCUAUCCAGAACAAAGAUGGGAAGUUACGGAUGCCUUUUGUAGUGACAUACUGACAACCUGGUACGGUCCUCUGUCUGAGAAAGUGAGGAGUUUAUUGGAUUAUUUUGAUAUGCCAACAAGUGUUGUGUUCGCACGAAUUGUGGAUAUGCUUGACGAAGAGCAUGGCUCACCCUUGGAUGUGUAUAAUAUCUGGCCUGACAUAUUGGCUGGACUGAUGCACAUGUUCUCCAGAGAGAAGUUUCAAUUGGACGACGGGAUCUUUGCUCACAUUAAACGAAAUCCAGAGAAAUACUUACGAAAAUGUAGCGAGAAAACUGUGUCGUGGUUGAGAGAAGUUAGAAAAAAAUUCCCAACUUUUCUUCUCACUGGAUCAAAUGCAGACUUUGCAAACUUUACAGCAAGUUACUCUCUUGGAAAAGAUUGGCAGUCUCUUUUCGACAUUGCGAUAUGUUUUGCAAAGAAGCCUGGUUUCUUUACUAUGAAACGACCGUUUUUGAAAGUUGUAAAUUAUAACGAGACUGAUAUAAAUAUUUCGAGCCAAGAUUUAAAACGGGGCGAGUUAUAUAGCCAAGGGAAUUGGAGCGAUCUGUUAGAAUUUUUUUCACGCAUAACAGGAAAAGUUGAUCAACGAUGUUUGUAUGUUGGCGAUAAUUUAGUGCAAGAUAUUUACGUGCCAAAUGCGUUUGGGCGUUGUGAUACAUUAGCUGUGAUCGAAGAGCAAAUGGCAGAAGGAAUGCUUUAUCAACGGUUGACUCAUCCUGACGAGAAGAUUUUGAAUUCCAAUUUAUGGGGUUCUUACUUUUGCUUGAAAGACUCAACAAUUAAUGUAGACUCUCUGUGGGGACAUUUAAUAAAGAAACACGCAAAACUCUGUAUACCAGAAAUCGAUGUGGUGACACAGAAAUCUUUGCAAGAAUCAUUUCCGUGUUUUGAUAAAAGUGGAAAGUCAUAUCACGGAUAUUAUCCUGCUGUGCCACUUAGUAUAUCGGCUAUAUACGGAUUAUACCAGCUAUCAAGAAGCAAUUGAAGCAAGUCGGCAAUUCGUCGAGGAAAGAAGAGAAUACAAAACCUACAUACAAACAAAUACGUGACCAGCAAAGACAAAAGGAAAGUCUAGCAGCUG